AUGCCACGUUCAACCCAAAUAGCAAGCCUUCUGGCUUUCCUUGGGACAGUGUCGAGCCAGAUAUUGCCAUACAAUCCUGCUCGAGUACUGCUUGGCCCCAACUCAUCCUACGCCUACAUCUUUCCAGCCUCUACAUCCGCCGUGGGAGCAUCUCGAUUCCAGACCGUCGACCUCACCAAGGCAGUCUACAAUGCACCUGAACAAUUCACUACCUCCUCGCAGACGCUGCCCUUCCUGAAGGGCAGUAGUCUACUUCCUUAUACGCCUGUAAUCGAUGCCAGCGGAAACAUAACUGUCCUGGCUGGGGACUGCUCACAAGGCGCGAAUGGGACAGAACUAUGGCGAUAUACAGCAGACGCAAGCACGAUCAGCAAUGGGAACUGGGCCCAGUCCAGCACUACGAACCAAGAGCAGGACAAUGGCACAGCGGUCACUGGUCCAAAUUUCCUGGCUAGUGGACUGUCUUUCUCCCAGUAUGCUGAUGCUGACGAGACGAACACUGGCAUGUUCGUCUUCGGUGGCAUGUGUCCCCUUCCGAAUGCCACGACAGCGACAUGGACGAAUUCGGCCGACUACUCUAACAUGAUGCUUACGCUGUCGCAAGAUAGCAAUACUGGAUACACUGAUUAUGAUAUUGGUAUGGUAGCCAGCAAAGGGCCGCCCAUACCGGAAGCUGGCUUCUCUAUCACUCCGCUCGCUGCUACGUUCACGGCUAGUACAAACAACCAGCCGCAGAAGCAGCAGCAGAAUUUUGUGCUCCUUGGUGGGCAUACGAAGACGGCAUUUAUCAAUAUGUCACAGGUUGCAGUCUUCUCGCUACCGCAGCAGACCUGGACGUUCUUACCUGUGUCCCAGCCGUCCAAUGGCAGGACUGUUCUAUCUUCUCGCCAAAAUCAGACUCUGGUGGAGCCGAGAUCGGGGCACACAGCUGUGUUGAGCGAGGACGGCACCAGUGUAAUUCUCAUGGGAGGCUGGGUGGGUGAUGUCAACACACCUGCACAACCGCAAUUUGCAGUAUUGACUCUCGGCUCGGGCUUUGGUGGUAAUGGGGACUGGAGCUGGAGCGUACCGACCUCUGCCGGUGCAGCGCCCUCAUCGGGUGGAAUGUACGGGCAUGGCGCUGCCAUGCUACCCGGGAACAUUAUGAUGAUUGUGGGUGGCUAUGAAAUUCAAAGUGGGUCGUCGAAGCUCGCAAGGCGCGGAGCACAAUCUACUAAUGGCCAGAUCUAUUUCUACAAUGCCAGCUCCAGUACAUGGAUUGACUCAUACACGCCAUCGAAUGCUGCAUCGAAACAGAAAGCUCACACAACCGGCGCAUUAAGCAACGUAUCCCAGAAAGCAGGACUCGGUGCUGGUCUUGGCAUUGGUGCGGCGAUAUUGAUCGGGUUGAUCAUAUUCUACUUCUGGUACAAUCGGCGAUUGCGACUUGCGCGCGAAGCUCGUGGCCGCACUCUACUGUCUGGAUCAUCCGAUGGCUCUCUCCCGACCGACGAGAAGUUCCUGACAGAUGGCGGUAUCGAUGGGCAAGGAGGAGAUGCAGCAGCUGUCGGCCGAUUUUGGAACGUGUGGGAUCAUGAUAGCGGCGCUUAUCCGCCGCGCGAAGAGCCAAUGCAGCAAGCUGGUACUGCGGGUGCUACUGGCUUGUUCGUGAACAUUCCGAGCCCGACACGAGGCUUGCGCAAGGGCGUUGGUAUUAGGAGCUACCAGUAUCAUGCAGCUCCAAGGUACGAUGACAAGCGUAUCAGUCGCGGGAGCGGCAACAUCCCACCUAUAGCUGAACACGAGGACGAAGAUGACACUGAUGCUGGUGCAAGACCCACAAGUGCGGACACGUGCUUGACAGAUGCAGAACGGCGGUUGAAGGAGGUCGAGCGGGUGCUUAAUUCCACCGAUCCGUUCCUUGAUGGCGAGCCCAACCCGUUGCGCAGCCAUCCUGUGUCUCCAGAAGUGCCUAAUCCAUCAAUAAUCAGGCGCAAGCCUGUCAGCGGCAGCUGGACUCCUGCGCAGGUAGCUGGACGAUCGGACACCAAUUCGACCGACUCUUCCACAGUACGCCCAACGCAAUCGCGGUCGACGGAUGCUGGACUCCACAUCGACACCACCACUGGUCGGGUCUCACCCACCAAGAGUGACGAAAGGACAUCUUCGAUUUUGAGCACACGAUCCACCACUUCCAGUAGUUCCGUGACGCGCACCAUGGAAACCAGGACGGGCGCCAUACUAGCCGCAGCUGCUGCAGCACGAGCAGCCUCAAAUCGCAGUCCCGAGCAUUCUCAGAGCUCGUCAAAUGAAAGCCGUAGCCAUACCAUGUCUACAAAUGGCGGUAGGAAAUCACCCUUUUACUACAGUAGCCGGGCAAGAUCCCCAGCAACCGAGAAAGCCUUGGAUAUAGCUGGCGCGGACAGUGCAGAUGCAGAUGAUGAGUCUUUCAAGACUGCCCGAACCGACUUUGUCGCCCUACAAAGCCAAGGCGAGGCGCUGCUUGGUGGUCGUCCACGGCUCGACAGCGACGACCCUUACCAGCGUGCGAUGGCCGCUCAAAGCUCUACCCGAGAAGCGAAGACUGCGAGACUGUACGAUGAUGACUCGGGUCCACCAUCAGCUUUAGGGCCGAGAAGGCGUCAAGGAUGGAUGGGAAGCCUGCGAAGAGCUCUGAAUGUAGUCUCCAUGAGCGAGAGGAGCUUCAGUAUGACCAGCAAUGCCGAGAGGACUCUGGAUGAGCAGCGAGAAGCGUUGAUGAUCUCGCACUCAAGGGAUCGACCCGGCGGUGCGCCGCGCCGUACUGUGUCUGACGGCGGAGCACUGUUGAAGAAAAAGCGGGGCCAACAGGACUGGGAAGACGGCCACUGGCCUCGAUAUCGUGACGACCCUGAUCCUGGCGAUUGGGGUGAAGCGGAGCGGUCAUCAUUCGAGAAGCAAAAGGCAGAGGAGGAAUGGGACGUAGAGGGAGCGGCCAGCAGACGUGAUGUUCAGGUCAUGUUCACUGUACCGAAAGCUCGUCUGCGGGUCGUCAACGCAGACCUGGAUCGUAUCAGUCUACGAAGCGCUAGUGAUGGUGCUCUAAGCCGGACGAACAGCGUCAAGAAUCUGCGCCGAGAAGAGUCGAUCAAGACUUUGCGGGCACGAUCAGAGGGUGAUCGGAUAAUGCUCCCUCCGACUUCAGAGGAGGAGGGCCAGGAUACUAGCGAAGGCGCUGCGACUGGUAGCGAUCUUUUGGUUCACGAGAAGGCGAAGGCUGCCUGA